AUGGUGGUUGUCCUUUUUCUUCUCAAACUUCUCUUGUUUGAGCUACUCCCUUGUGCAACUCCAUUAUCCUUCAACUUCUCCUCCUUCCCAAACGGCCUCACCAAUUUAUUUAUCGAGGGAGAUGCUUUCGUCGACGGCACGUUCCUCCGCCUGACUAAAAGCGAUGCCGACAUCUCACAGAACCAAAGCGUCGGCCGAGCCACCUACUCUCAAACCUUCCUCCUCCGCGAGAACGCCACCGGAAAACUCGCCGAUUUCACCACAAACUUCACAUUCGUCAUCGACUCUGUAGGCAAAACGCCCUACGGCGACGGACUCGCCUUCUUUUUGGCGCCAAACGGAUCCUUACUCAACACCACAAUAAGCCAAGGCGGCGCUCUAGGCCUCCCCGUCAUAAACCCGCCAAAUAAUGAGUCGACGAAUCUGUACCCCUUUGUGGCAGUUGAGUUUGAUAUCUUCACGAAUCUCGUCACUUCCGUCGAAGAUCCUGUCGGCGAACAUGUUGGUAUUGACAUCAACUCUCUCAAGUUUAAGGUUACAAAGCCUUGGAAUGGAUCCAUUACAACCGGAAGGGUCAAUACUGCUUAG